CAUUGGUCGAUCUCGCCCACUUCUCCUGUUAGCCAGCCAGCUAGCCAGCUAGCUAGCUUGUUAGGUAGUUAGUCGUCCUUCCUCACUUCGAUAAGGAUUAGGAGAAAAGGCCGGAAAUUGUGCCCGUUUAUCGCGGGAGGGGCAUUCGAAUUUCCCGCCCAUUCCGUGCCUUUGGUGCUGAGUGGCCUCAAAAUGGCGUCUUCUUCGGGUGGAUCAGGCCCACAAUCACGGGCUUUUGCGCAAAAAUUGACGAGGGCCCACGCCCAUGAUAUCCGACGCCAAACUGCGGCCGAAUUAAAGUCCAGCCAUGUGAAUGAAUUGUCAGCGCCCGGAUCCGCCCAACAUCAACAACAGCAACGUCAUCUGGCCAAUAAGAUUGGGCGGUCUUCGGUCCAUUUCCAGGUCAACCCUCAAACUCUGUCGCCCAACCCGUCGUUGAACCAUUCGUUGGCCGGGGAUAGCCAUUCUGCGGCCAAUGUGGAGCCUCUAGACUAUGAGGAGUACAUCCACAGCCAAUCCGGUCGUUUGGGUGAACGGGAUCCUUUGGGCCAUUUGCUCGAGUUUCCCAGGGAUGACAUCGAAGUCAAUGUGGUGGCCAAGAAAAUCCGAACCAUGGGACACAUCAUGCCCGAGGAGCCCAUGGAUCAAGUGGAUUCGACGGUUCAGAAUUGCGUGGAGUGUUACACGUCGGAUUAUGUGGUCGUGACCCGCAAAUAUCAAGGACUCUCUUCAUCCAUUCGAACGCGAGAUGAAUCCGAAGAACGCCUCCGCAUCAUUGACACGGUGGCUCCGCAAGAAUUUGAAGUGGACGACUCGCCGGAUGUGACCCCCGAAUACGAGCAUGAAAAAAACCGCGAAGAGACCCCCAGGGGAAGUUGGGCCACCUUUGACCUCCGGAACUCGCAGCCAGACCCGCCCAUUGCCGGAUUAUUGGACAAGGUCGACCCCGAGACCACCGAUCAGACCAACGCCUUGAAGCGGGGCGAGCAUCGCCAAAACGAGCUCUUUCUACUCUAUCCACCUCAAGCUGAUGUUGAUGUGGUGGAACGACGAUUGAAUGCAGAAGAACCCAUCGAGCACAUCAAUCAUCGAAUCCUGGUUCAGUGCAUCAAAUUGGAACUAAGUCUACAAGUCGAGCCGAUCUUUGCCACCAUGGCCUUGUACGAUGCCAGGGAGAAGAAGAAGAUCUCGGAGAAUUUUUACUUCGACCUGAACCCGGAGAACAUUCGCCGCAUGUUGGAAGGUUACAUUCCUCAUGCGGAUUACUCGACUCAAGCCCGAUCUUGCGUGUUUGACAUCACUUAUCCCACUCAAGACUUGUUCCUGGUGGUCAAAUUGGAGAAAGUGCUCCAAGGAGACAUCUCAGACGCGGCUGAACCCUACUUGAAAGAAUCGCAAAACAUGGAAAAAACCCGUACCAAUGCCAUGGAAGUUUGCCAUCGGUUAGGCAAAUACCGCAUGCCGUUUGCCUGGACCGCCAUCUGGCUGCAGAACAUCAUCAAAGGCAAGGAGAACAACCAGGAUUCGGGCUCGGAUGCCGAAUCCACCGCUUCCAACAGUCUGGAUCGGAAAGCCAGCACAUCGAGCUUUGAGCAGUUUCGGAAGAGCGCCACCAAAUCAUCGGGCGAGUCCACGAACUCCCUAACACGUCGGGGAUCUUUUGAUCGGAAACGAUCCUCAUGGGCUGGAGGAGCCUCGGCGUCAUCCACCCUAAAUUCGGGGGCGAGUGAGGAAGUGAUGGCCCAAUUGGAUUCGUUUCCUCCUCUCACGUUGACCGUGUCGAGCUUCUUCAAGCAAGAAGGAGACAAGUUGAAGGAUGAGGAUCUGUACAAGUUCUUGCUCGACUUGAAAAGGCCAUCCACGGCUCUAAAACGACUGAAGUGUAUCCGGGGAACCCUGAAGUUGGACAUCUCUGUGGCUUCUGACCAGAUGAAGCAUUGCUUCACUCCCGAAUUGGCCAAGCUCAUCCCUUUUCCCGACCUAAAAUGCCGACCGACCAAAGAAGUGCUGGAGUUGCCUCCGAAGGAAAUCCUGGCGCCUAAUUAUCACUUCAGAAACUUGCUCUACAUUUGCCCCCGAGACCUGAACUUCACCAAUCGUUCGGGAGAACGGGCUCGGAAUAUCGCUAUCAAAGUCCAGUUCAUGGGACAGGAUGAAACCGAAGGGAUGAAGGUCAUCUUUGGCAAAUCCUCGUGCCCGGAAUUCACCACCGAGGCUUACACGGCUGUUACUUACCAUAACAAAACCCCUGAUUUCUACGAGGAAGUCAAGGUGAAGCUUCCUUCCAAUCUGAGGGAGAGACAUCACAUCUUGUUCACGUUCUAUCACAUUUCUUGUCAAGGCCAGAGGAAAGAUCAGAUCUCCACGGAAAUUCCCGUUGGUUACUCGUGGAUCCCCAUCUUUCGCAAUGGGAGUCUCCAAACCGGCCUCUACGAUCUUCCCGUGAUGCUAGAUCCACCCGCAGCCGCUCUUCGUUAUAUUGCCACGGACUCUGGAGGCGCGCCACCCGGAACCAAAUGGGUGGACAACAAAAAGCCCAUCUUUUCCGUGGAACUAAUUGCUGCCUCCACCAUCCAUCCCCUUGAUGCUUUCAUUGACCGAUUCCUCAACUUGACCUCGUCAUUGCAAUUGGGACCACCGUCGGCCAAUAAUCAAACCAACGAGCGUGCCAUGGAAGACGACCUCUUGCGGCGAUUACAAGAACUCUCCAGGGCCAGAUUGGAGCCUUUGGUCAAGUUCCUGCCGGUGGUGCUUGAUAAGCUUCUCUUGCUGAUGGUCAAACCGCCCACAGUGGCAGGACACACCCUGAAAGUGUCUCAACCCGCUUUCCACGCCAUCGCGGGAGUAGUUCACAAAUUAUCAACCUCGACUGAAUUGCAACAUCAGACUGACCGCCACCGCCGGAAUUGCCUCCUUACCGCCUACAUCCAAUACCAAGCCCAUUUACCUCAUCCCGAUUUCCGCGGCAAUCCGUCCCAAAACGGGUCGUCCACCGCGCCCGGGAUCUCCCUACUCGCCGACGAUGAAGUGGGCCACAUCAUCAUGAAAGGCCAGAGUGGGAGUCCAGCCUUGGAUAAUGUAGUUGGCCCGCGAAACGAUUUGCCCAAUUUGGGUGCUUUCGCCAAGUUGGUCCAUGAGGAGCUAGCUUUGCAAUGGAGCAUUUCCAACGGACCGAACCGCGAAGUGGCGUUAGCCUCAGCUUGGUUCUUCCUGGAACUGAUGAUCAAGGCCAUGAUCGAGCACUUGGCCACCACUUCGCGAUUAGCAGUAAGUCGGAAGCAUCGCUUUUCCGAACAAUUCCACACAGACGUGGUCAGCAUGGUGGCCUCGCUAACCUCGGAUAUCGUGUGUCGACAGAAGCAAGAUCCAGAGAUGGUGGAAAGGCUGAACUCCGCAUUGGCCUUCUUCUUGCACGACUUGUUGAGCGUCAUGGAUCGAGGAUUCGUGUUCUCCCUCAUCCGCUCGUACAUGAAGGAUGUGAGUUCUCGAAUGACUUCCACCAUCGCAGAGAGUCUGCCCUUGUGGAACCUUCAAUUGGACUUUGUCCGCAUCGUGUGCAGCCACGAGCAUUUUGUGGCCUUGAACCUACCCUCAGUGAAUCCAUCGCGGGAUUUCCAUCAUCUUUCCGGUGCUUCCUCGCCCACACCCUCUGUUCGCAGUACAGACAGUCAGUCCUCGUUCAUCGCUCACAGUUACAGUAGUGGAAUGGAGAAGACCCAUUGGGCUGACCUGACCAACGACUUUCGCAAGCGCCAUUUUCUUGUGGGACUCAUCCUCNACAGUAGUGGAAUGGAGAAGACCCAUUGGGCUGACCUGACCAACGACUUUCGCAAGCGCCAUUUUCUUGUGGGACUCAUCCUCUCUCUACUCUCCAACGCCAUGGAGCAACCGAGUUUUGAGGUUCACGGUCGGGCCGUGAAUGCGGUGAGGAAUCUAUUGAGUUCGCACGAUUCCGAUCCUCGGUUCAAGGAUAUCGAUUGUCGAGCCCGAGUGGCCUCGCUUUACCUGCCUUUUAUUAGCAUCUUAAUGGAUCACCUCCCCAAGUUGUACUCUUGGCCCACUGAAGGUGAGGUACGAAUUGCUGGUCCCAAUAACCCGUCGGAACAAUUCAACAUGAUCUUGUCAAGCAUCUCCAGCAACCUACCUCACGCCAAGGGUCCAAUUGUCUUGAAAGAGGAGACCACGAGGCAUUUACUUAUUUGUUUCCUCUGGAUUAUCAAGCAUCUGGACAAAUCCGUCCUGCGAUUAUGGUGGGGUGAGUUGUCCCAUCACAAACUGCAGAUCCUUCUCGAAAUCCUUCGCCUGACCAUCUCGUGCUUCCAAUACAAGAAAGAUAUUCAACAAUCGACAGAUGGUACGACGAUUGAUCAGAAAGAGCACCUGAGUUCUGGCACUAGCUUGUCUGACGAGGCCAUUGGGCACGACAGCCUCUCGUAUUUGGCUCUUGAAACGCGCUUUCAAUCCCACUUUUCCAUGAAGGGCAAAAAAGCCAUUCGUAGACACGCCACCCUUGGGGCCCGGAAGAGCUCGGAUAUGCGCUCCCGAUUGGAGGACAUCAUCAGUGGUCCCACCUCCAACCGACAAGAAAUGCUCUCGAGAAUCAGUCGGAAAGAUCGAACCUUGCCUCCGUCACCCAACCCCGACCUCCCACCACCACCGCCGCCCUCAACCAGUGGUCCACAGGGCAAUAACUCGGGCGUGGGUCGACGAUGGCAGCGCACUUCGAUCCUUCGACCUCCCGCCCAUGUCAAUGAGGCCUCUUUUAUUGCCUCGGGAUCGUCUAUAAACGAGGGUGGCUUGCCUAAGAUCAUCGAUCCGGAGACCGACGCUCACAUUGAAGGGGUCUUGGCGACCGAAGCCAGCAUGCUCGUCUUGGAUACACUCGAAGUCAUAGUUCAGAUUGUGUCCCAAACGGAUCAUGCUCCAGGAUUGUUGGCCAGUGUGUUGAGAGUUCUCUUGCACGCCCUGGGCACACAUCAAUCCACAUUCUUCCUCCAGCAUUUAUUCGCGGUCCAAAGGUCGUUCGUGUUCAAAUUCCCAAGUCUCCUGUUUGACGAUGCUUCGGAACAUUGCGCUGAUUUGUGCUUGCGACUGCUCAAACAUUGCUCAUCCUCGAUCUCGGCCGUUCGAUCUCAGGCCUCAGCCUCCCUGUACCUUCUCAUGCGGCAAAAUUUCGAGAUCGGCAAUAACUUUGCCCGGGUCAAGAUGCAAGUGACCAUGUCGCUGAGCAAAUUGGUGGGCACCAUUUCCAAUUUCAACGAGGACUAUCUGCGCAAGUCGCUCAAGACAAUUCUGGUGUAUGCGGAGCAGGAUCAUGAGCUCUCGGACACGUCGUUCCCGGAGCAGGUCCAGGAUCUUGUGUUCAAUCUUCACAUGAUCCUCUCGGACACGGUCAAGAUGAAAGAGUACAACGACGAUCCUGAAAUGCAUAUGGAUCUCAUGUUCAGGAUCGCUAAAGGUUACCAGAACUCGCCUGAUCUGCGACUCACUUGGCUCGAGUCCAUGGCCACCAAACACGAGCAUUUAGAUCAUUUCGCCGAGGCCGGAAUGUGCAAGAUCCAUUGCGCUGCCUUAAUUUCGGAAUACCUUCACAUGCUUGAGGACCGCAAGUACAUGCCCACGGGUGCGGUUACUUUCGCGGCCCUCACUCCUAAUGCUUUGGAAGAAAGUGCGGUGUCUGACGAUGUGGUGAGUCCGGAUGAGGAGGGCAUUUGCACGGGCAAGAACUUCACCGAAGCGGGUCUCAUGGCCAUUCUGGAUGAUGCGGCUCGGUGCUUCAACCAAGCGGGCAUGUUUGAAACGGUCAAUGAGGUGUUCAAGGCGUCGAUUCCGAUUGCUGAGAACUCGAGGAAUUUCUUGAAGUUAGCGGACAUCCACAAAGACUUACACGAAGCCUACAGGAGCAUCGAUCGUCUUCGGGGCAAGCGCAUGUUCGGCACCUAUUUCAGAGUGGGUUUCUACGGCGCCAGGUUUGGAGAUCUCGAUGGUGAAGAAUACAUCUAUAAGGAGAAGGCUUUGGCCAAGCUUCCCGAAAUUGCCCAACGAUUAGAGAACUUUUAUGGAGACAAGUUUGGGCGAGACAACGUGAACAUAAUCAAAGACUCGAAAAUGGUCGAGUUGAGUAAACUCAAUCCAGAGAAAGCUUACAUUCAAAUCACCUAUGUGGAACCGUUUUUCGACAAUUUCGAACUGCGAGAUCGCAAGACCAUCUUCGAAAAGAACACGAAUAUUAUUCGCUUCAUAUUUUCCACACCAUUCACGCCCGAGGGAAACCCUCAUGGAGAGCUUCACGAGCAAUUUAAACGGAAAACAGUUCUUACCACGAGCAACCAUUUUCCUUAUGUAAAAACUCGUAUCCAAGUUGUGGAUCGGAAACAAAUUGUUCUCAGACCCAUUGAGGUGGCCAUUGAAGAUGUGCAAAAAAAGAUUCAUGAAUUGGAAGUGGCCACGCACCAAGAUCCACCUGACCCAAAGAUCCUCCAAAUGGUAUUACAAGGCUGCAUUGGAACCACAGUCAACCAAGGUCCCGUGGAAAUGGCCAAUGUGUUCCUGAAAGAUCUCAUUGAUGGAACGGAAGCCCCUACCAAAUACCAGAAUAAGCUCCGGCUGUGCUUCAAAGACUUCAGUAAAAAAUGUGAAGAUGCCUUGAAGAGAAACAAGAAACUGAUCACUCUGGAUCAGAAAGAGUAUCAAAAGGAAUUGGAAAAGAACUACGUUCACUUUCAGAAGAGCCUUGCCCCACUUUUUAGCAACGCCCAAAGUCGUCAGAGUCCCAGUCGGAGCCUUCAACGCUCGGAAGAUGUGCCAAAUGAUCUUUGAACGUCAGAUUAGUAGAGGAUUCGUCGAGAUAUUGAGUACCUUCGCAUUCUUAUUGUUAUUAUUAUCAUCAUCAUUAUUAUUAUUAUCAUCUUCAUUAUUGCUAUACCUCUUGCUUCAAACUUCAGCAUCACAUCAAAAUCAAAUCAAAAUCACAGUUUUCAUUGAUUGACAUCAACAUGUCAUGUCCCAACAACAACAACAACAACAACAAAGAAUCAAACCCACAUUCCAUGCUUUACCAAUCCAACAGUAGGUUGUUUUCUAUUUUAAGAUUAAAAAAUGCUCGAGUGAGUCUACAAAUUCCAAUAGCAAUACAUAGAUUACAGGCUGUUGAUGGACUUCAACCUCUUAUGUCAUAGUCUCACUGAUUCAUUACCUUGUUGCCUGUCUACCAUUGCCAAGAAACGUUUGAAGGCAUGGGCUUCGCAAAGAGACAUCUCAUCGGACAACGCAACGGAAAUAUAUCCUCUUCUUUCUAA